AUGCCCUCCACUCGCUCUCUUCGCUCUCGUGCUGGUGUCACCAAGUUAACUAUGGAUGCAGACUCUAUCGGCGCGGCGUUAAGGACGAGGCGCUCUACAAGUAAUAGAUCUACAACUAUCACCACAGUGACCGUUUCUCGGUCACCAUCUACAUCUCCUGAAGGAAGAAGGAAAUCAAUUCGACUUACCGUCAAAAUGCCUGCAAGCAAGCUCCGUGAAGUGACAAAUGGAGAAGAUGAUCUCGACAAGCCUCGUAACAUCUUCACAGAGAAUGUCAUCAUGACAGGGCCAAGGAACAGUCGAUCCAAGAGGAAAGUUGUGGAGGUGGACUCAGAUGAGGACGACGAUCCCUCGGACAUUGGAGACGAGGAAGAUGAAGAAGAUGAUGAGAUUGAUGCCGAAGGUGAUUCGGACCUGGAUGCUGAUGGUGAACCCGAUAUCGAUGCUGAGGGCGAUAUCGAUAUGGAUGAUGCUCCGCCCGUAUCUCCUAUCGCCAAACAGGCGGCUUCCAGGCCCACUGUUACAGUCACUCCAGCAGCUGCUACAAAAGUGAGAAAAACAGAUUCAAGAGCUGCUUUAGAAGACGAAGAAGAAGAAGAUGAGGAGGAAGGACUCUCUGAACUGGAAUCCGAUAACGAUAUUGGCGGACAGGAUGAUACCUUGGGAAUUGAGAGUAACGAUGACGAACCCGAGGAAGAGGAGGACGAAGAGGAUGAGUCUGAUGAAGAGCUCAUGGGUGGAAGCAGGUCAAGCACCCCCGACCUGAGUAAGAUGACUAGACGACAGCGUGGCCGUAUCGAGCUUGGAGGCGAUUUCUUGCAGCUGCCAAUGGAACCACAAGUCAAGAAACACCUAACUGCAGAAGAACACGCUAUGCGUCGUGCAGAGAUGGCAAGAAGAAGGAAGAAUCUCAGCGAAAAGCGCAACGAAGAAGAAAAGAUGGAUACUAUAAACAAACUGUUGAAGAAACAAGCCCCCAAACGCCGUGGCAAGAUAAGUGCCGCUGAAGCUGCUGGAGAAAGCACUCCUGGUCAACAAGAACCCCAGGAACCCGAAAAGCCUGACCCCACGAUGAUUAGAUGCGUUAUCAACCGUAAUGGCUACCGCAUCGGGGUUCCAAAUGAAUGGCUUGGUACUCCUGCCGGCAACAUUUUUGGUAACCCAACUGGAACCCCUGCCACUCAUACCGGAAAGCUUGUUGAAGAGAUAUAG